UAUACUUCUUUAUUUGCAGAGGUCUCGAUGCAAACUUUAAAGAAAUGACAGAAUUAGAGGCGGAAGUACCAACUUUGACUUUAGAAGGCCCAUAUUCAAUAAAUGGAAAAAUUUUGGUUCUACCUAUUGUUGGAAAAGGCGAUUCCAAAAUUGUAUUAGACAAUAUUCAUAUUGUAGCUAAAAUUAAAUUUAAACCUGUACAAAAGUCUGGAAAGACUUAUGCUGAAGUCGAGAGUAUAAAAUUAGAAUUGAAUCCAAAACAUGUAUCAUUCAGUUUAGGCGGUCUCUUCAACAAUGAUAAGCAACUAAGCGAUACGAUGCAUACUUUAUUGAAUGAAAAUUGGAGUGAGAUUUUUAAUGAACUACAACCAGAAAUAUCCAAAGCAUUGGGUUUAAUUAUUAAACUUAUUAUAAAUAAUGUUUUUGCAAAAUACCCCUAUGAAGAAUAUUUUGCUUAAAUACAAACACAAAAAAAUACAAUUGUUUGUUG